CGGACGUCAAGUCUCGUCAUCGCUUGGCCCUAUUACGCUGACAUUUUGGCUUCUCUGGGUAGCUAUUUAGGCAGCCAGACCUCUGCCAUCCGUGUAGGACAGUCUUUCCAUAUCAUAAGCAAAAAUGAGGUUCUUACACAUCCUCCCUCUGGCUGCUUUAAGCACCGCCUUUAUCGUCCCCAAUGAGCAGAUCUUUAGCGAGCUCGCGAUUGACGACACCACGCAUGCCCGUGCAAACCAGGGAUCAUGGUCCGAGCAAGUCCUAUCCGAGUUGAAGAAUGACUUCUUCGAGGCCGAGAAGGGUGUCAAGGAAGCAUCUGGCAAUGCUAAGCAUGCCCUCGAUGAAGCCUUCAGCACUGCUUCGGACUUUGGAAGCUCCAUGACAAGCAAGGUCCAGGAGACCGCGUUCGAUGCUAAGUCUUGGUUCGAGUCUGCUACCAAUGAAGCAUAUGACGCCCUGGACCACCAUGAGCACCCUCACCCUCCUCACCACGGCGGACCUCCCCACCACAAGGAUCCUCACCAUGACCACAAGCCCAACGAGACUGUCUGGCAGCUGCUCAGUUCGUCCAAAUACACCGAGAAGUUCUCUAAGCUGAUCAGCGAGUACCCUGAGAUCGUUGAGAAGCUCAACUCGACUGACUCUGGCAACUUCACCGUCUUCGCGCCUAAGGACUCGGCAUUCCCUGAUCACCACCCUCACCACAAGCCCAGCAAGGAGGCGAUUAAGAAGUUCAUCGAGUACCACAUCAGUGAUGACUUCUACCCUGCUGGCAGAGUCCUUAUCACCCACACCAUCCCCACUCUCUUGGAAGGCGAGCACUUGCCCGGCAAGGCUGCUCAGAGAUUGAGCGUACACAUCGGUCUCAGAGGUCUGACCAUCAACUUCUACUCUCGUGUUGUUGCCGUCAACAUUUUUGGCACCAACGGUGUCAUUCACGGAGUCGACAACCUCCUGAUUCCUCCUCCUAGAGCCUUCAAGAUCAUUGAUCUCCUGCCUUCUGAGUUCUCCACCUUCGAGUUGGCUCUCGGCAAGACUGGUCUCCUCGAUGCAUACAACAGCACCGACCACCCCAGCGGUACCCUUUUCGCUCCUUCCAACUUCGCCUUCCAGAAGCUUGGACCUAAGAUCAACGGAUUCCUCUUCAGCGAGUAUGGGCGCAAGUACCUCAAGGCUCUGAUUCUGUACCACACUGUUCCCGACAACGUUCUAUACAGCGAUGCCUUCAUCAAGGCUGAUGCCCAGGAUGGCAUUCCCAAGGGUCACUGGCACGUCGACCUUCCUACAGCACUCGAGGACCACUCUCUCUCAAUCGAUGUUGGAAGAUACGGUGGCUUGAUCGAUAUCAAGGUCAAUGCCUUCUCUCGCGUCAGUGUUCAGGAUGGCAUUGCGGCCGAUGGAGUAAUCCAGGUUGUCAGCGAUGUUUUGAUUCCUCCUAAGAAGCUCGGUAGCGCCAAGCUCAGAAGCUCCAACUGGUUCAGCGAGAAGGAGCUCAGCGUCGAGGAGUUCAAGGCCAGAUUCGAGCCUUUCGUCGAGAGAAUGAUUGACCUCUAGAUGAUUAGAGGUGGAAUCAUUGUUGCGUGACAUGACCAUACGAUCCUUUACGAGACUUAUUCAAUAUGUAGCAGUAGUAGCCACUCGGGCUAUCAGUAUAGCAGAAUUUGCAUCUAUUUCGAGAUGUUGUCCAAUGAUUGAUCAAGGCGAUUCCACUCAUGCUCAAGACGACAAGGUUGCAGCCGGACAGAGAGGCAUCAGCAGACAGCGCACGGUGAAGGCGGGAGUAGCAGAAGACCGUGACGGUGAUAAAGCCAGUUGGGGAAGAGCAGAGAUAUGCUUCAAUCAAGCGCAUUCAGGACGAGCUGCAUGGUCACAUUAACCUCUCUUAGAGGAGGAUGCUGGAGCAGGGUGGGAUUGGGCCAGAGGAAUUGGCCAAUGAAUAGGCGUAAUUUGCGGAGAGCGGGAGCGCAUAACACAGCAUGGCGG